UAUAAAUCUAACUAGUUAUUGAAUUGGAUUUUAUCUACUAACAAGCUUAAAAACUCGUACAAAUUUAAAUUAAAGUAAGUUUUCAUGGUCACCACUAGAGGACGUGCUGUAGUAGCUACUGCCUAUUAGUGUCGGUGACUGGCCAUUCACAGAGAUGAUGCCGAGCCCGCGGCCUGUCUGUCCCAGGUCUCGGUCACCCUUCCCCCGGAGCUUUUAGCCCGGGCGAGGGACAUGGCUGCGCCCGUCGCCCAUUUUGUCGAUGUUUUGCCGUUUGUGCCUGAUUUAAAAGUGCAGGAUCUGCUACCGCAGAGGGGCACAGUCGCCGCGAGGGAAGCGGCAACGCAGCUACCGCCGCCUCCACCUUCUUCGCCGCCGCCGCUGCCGCUCGUGCUGCUGCUGAGGAAUGAUGGUGGGGAACCUCUCAACGGUAGUAGCUUCUCUUCGGGGGAAAGUGGUGCUUUGAGGUCCAUGGAGGAGGUUGUCAACGGGUUCGAGGAGAAGUUAUCCAUGUGUUUCGGGAAUUUGGACGGCAGGACGGAGAGCAUCGCUCCCGUUAGUGUUAUCACCGAGGGCACGCUGCUGGAAGGAGACGAAAUCUGGAGAGCUCUGACCACUAGCUAUGGUCAGGUCAUGCCUGUUGUCUUGAAACAGUCCCGUCUUCACUACCUCCACCCCCCCACAUUAGACCUAGAGGAGAAAGCUAAGCUGAGUGAUGUCACAGUGGAGCUGUCAGACGAUGAAGAGCUGAGAGAGCAGCUGGACAUGCACUCCAUCAUCGUCUCCUCUCUUGGAGACGAGCCUCUAUACACUGCAGAAGAGGUUAUCGAGGAGUUGGAAAAGAUGAUGCAGGACUCUCCUGGCUCAGGAACAGAGAUGACUCUGUCUCAUACAGACCUGUCCACCGUCCCACUGGACAUGCAGCUGUCCACUAGCAGCCUCAGCUACAAUGACAGGGUCAGGAGUCUGGGUGUGGCAGAGCUGAACGAACGUCUGGAGGCCACAGAGACCAACAUCAGGAGGUUCUCAGAGGAGCUGGUGCAGCAGCUGGCACGGAGGGACGAGCUGGACUUUGAGAAAGAGGUGAAGAACAGUUUCAUCUCAGCUCUCAUCGAUGUCCAGAACCGGCAGAAAGAGCAACAAGAACUGCUGAAGAAGAGUAGGAAGCACAAAGGCCGACCUGGGACAUCGCAGAGUCACACCGAGAGAAAAGCUGCAUCGGUGAUGAUCUGUCUUUUUAUGAUUGCUUGCGUCCUCCACUCUCAUCCUCAGCGCUUCAGCAUGGAGGGACUCUCUUCUAUCAUUCAAAAUGGAUUCCGUCAAAGGUUUAGCAGCGGGUGCAGUGAAAAACAGUAUUUGACCACAGUCAUUCCAUAUGAGAAGGGACGUCCUCUGUCAACUGAGGACCUGCAGGUCCUGACCAAGAUUUUACAGGCCAUGAGAGACGACAGUGACAGAGUUCCUGGUCUUCUGACAGAUUACAUUCUCAAAGCUGUAGUGUGAACAACCGACACUCAGUGCUGUGCCCGACGUAGACCAGCUCUCCACAGGCUCCAGAAAGAGUAGCAUGGCAACAAGAGGAAGAGGAUUCUUUUUUUUUCUUUUUUUUUUACUUAAAACUUGAAGCACACUUAAUGUUGUCCUGCAUGUUUUCAACUCAGAUUUGAUCUUCGGUCAUUCUUUACCUGAUUUUUCUUUUUGUCUGUCCCUGUAAAUUUGAUUUGUAAUAUUAUUAUUAUUUUUAUUGUUAUUGAUGUAUUUAAAUGUUGUGAUGAAUUUCUAACAUGACUUAGAUUAGAUGAGGUGACCUGCUGGAGACAUGAUCGCAGCAGAGCUGUGAUGCUAAAGGGCUUUGUUCGUAUCUAAAGUGCUUCUUAUCCACUAAGCAGUGAGCAAAUGCACAAAGUCACGGAGCACAGAUGUCGCAGUAUUACAUGAGACUGAUCCCAAUGCUAACUGCACUAACCUCCGUAUCACUGUGUUGACGAACACAUAAACUAGUAUUAAUACAUACGGUCUUCAACAAACAGCCGCAGUCUGUGAACCUGCUGCUCUCCUCAGUGACGUUAUCUGUACUGAAGCUAUAAAACUAACUAUGCAUUUAGAUGAUCUUUUAACUGUGACCCACGCAUUGUCUGUCCUGUGGGGGGCGCUGCUCUGUCUCUGCGUCCACCAUGUCCGGGGCAUUGUUACUAAAAAGCUGCCUUUGCUGUUGCCUAAACUUUUUUUAUAUAUUAACAUGAUUUUCAGUGAAUGCCACUGACUUGUUUUUACACAAAUAACUGUAUUGAUUAUUGUAUUUUGUAAAUAGUUUAUUUGAAAUGUA